AUGACAAGUACUGGACAAUAUCCUGAACCAUGGAAAAGUACAGCAGCAACAUUAUUCAAUCCAUAUUUGAAUAUAAAUCAAAUGUCAAAUCGAAGUCGUCAACAAUCUGUUCGUACACGUGUAUUAACACCAACUCGACAUUCACGAGCGCCACCAGAAAGUCUUGUUGAAACAGGAAAUUUAAGAGUAACAACAUCAGAAUCAAAGAAAAGACCAAGAUCAAAACGAUUUCCAAGUCAAAAUGCAGCAGAGGAAGUUUCAAUUUAUGUUCAACAAAUGAUUCAUAAUCAAUUUUGUGGUCGAAGUGGAACACCGAGUGAUUUGAGAUAUGAUGAUCAAAAAGUUCGACGUAGAAUGAGUUCACCAGAUAGUAGAAUUACAAUGCAAAAAAGAAUUUCAUCAAGCAAACAUCAAUCACGAGUAUCUCAAUAUACAUUAGAUGAUUUUUUCAAUACAACUGAUGAACAAAUGUCACGUAUGGCAUCAAUGAUGCCCGGUAGAGAAUCAAGUUUUAGUGAAAACUAUUCUCUAUGGGGAGAAAGUCCACAACAUAAAUCAAACGGUGGCGAGCGCUUAACAUUGGCAGAUAUGUGUCAUAUAGCUUCGAAUGUAGGAGACAAAAUGAGUCAGAGUAAAGAAAAGGUUGGCCUUGAAGCAAUACGCGGCUUUCGUUUACCAUCUGCCAGAUUAACUUAUGAACCGUAUGAAUAUCACGCAAUGGACACACCACUUGUAUUUGGUCAACAUAAUGCAACUGAUCGAAUUCGAUUAAGUGAUAUUCUCACUGAUGAUAAUUUUUCAAAUGCACCAAUGAUUGAAAUCGUUACCAAUGAUGUUGUUGAUGAUAAAGCAUCUCGUGCCAGUCGUACUCAUUUAAAAUCAAGUACAACAACAGUUACGACAAAAAUUAAUGAAUUUAAAGAUUGGAGAGGAAAAAUUAGUCAAGCAAAUUUACCGGAUGUUCGAAAUCGAUCAAGAAGACAACAUUCAGCAUCAAUUGUAUCUCCACAACGACCUUGCACAGCUGCAAGUAAUUUUUCAAAAUCGAGACCUGAAUCAAGUGGUUUACUUAUUAAUGAUUCUCAAAAAGCAGAUAUUGAAAUUCCAUCAUCAUUAUCAGAAAAAAUGAUUGUUGUACCUGUUGCGUCAGUCUUAAAAAAUCCAUCAAAUAAUAAACAACGACAAAGGAAUUAUCCAUUGAAUGUUCGUAUUGACGAAGCCAAUGUUAAACAGACCAUAGAUUUAAGUGAAACUGGUCGAGCUCAAAGUUAUGAAAGCGUUGAUAAUCUGAUUGAUCCACCGUGUUUAAGUCUUCCAAGUGAAAAUAAUGAUGAUUUAUUAAAAACAAGUGAAAUGAUGCCUAAUUCAACGCCAGUUCCAAUGAUGUCAACAAGUACAACACCGUUUACGAUGUAUACACAGGAGUUACACGCUCGUGAUGAUCUCUCACCAGAUCCAAUGUUAAAUAAACGAAAUUAUAAGUUGAUUCAAAGUUCAUCUAGACAAAUUUAUCGAACAAUACCGGAACCGAAUCGUAAUUCACAUUCAAAUCAAACAAAUGAACAAUUGACACAGUUAACACUUUCACAAUUGGAACUUUUAGAAAAUUAUGAUCCGAUGGUUAGUGCAAAGAUUGGUAUUCCAUUUAUUCCGGUUCAAAUGUUAGCAAGACCACGUGAAGCCUAUCAAUCAGCUAAACUUUCUAUUGAUCAAAUUCAACGAAGAUAUCCAAAAAAAAAUGGUCAACCUAUAUUUGAACCUCGUGUACCUCGUUCUUGUCAUAGUUUAAUUGAUAUUUCUCAAACACUUCAAUUAACAAAAUCAAAAAGAAUACGUGUCGAAAGACAAACUACAUUUGAAAAACCGGAAAAUGAAUCAUCAAUUGAAGAAAGUAUUCAAAUUAAAUCAUUAGAAAAUCCAAAUCGCUUGACUAUUUCACUUUAUUCUCCAUCUGAACAACAUUUAUUUGUUAAACAUACAAAUUCAAUAAGAACAUCAUCAAAAGCAUAUCGAAGUCAAUUAGAUGAUAUUUCAACUUUCGGAAAUUCAGUCGAUCAGCAAGCAAAUCUUUCUAUUCAGUCAAAAGAUGAACAACAAAUGGAAUAUAAUUUGAAUGUUCUUAAUAUUCGAACACAGCAAGAAGUUAAUCAAAGACAUCACAAAGGAAAACCAAGUCAAAAACGUCUUGUAUUUCCAACUUCUAUAAUAACAAGUUCUAAUGUACAUUCUACUCAUAAUCGAAUUAUGAAACAACAAGGCAGACCAAUUCCAAGUGUAUUUCUGACACAAGAUCCAGAUGAAUAUAAUUAUUCAACGUCUAUUUAUCAUCAAGCAAGACAAGAUACAGAUAUUCAACGUGCAUUUAAAGGAUUUGUUGUUGAAAAUAUUCAAAAAAAAUUAUCUCCUGAUGAAAGAAUGAAACGUGAAGAACAACAAAAAGCUGCAAUUACAAUUCAAAGAGCAUAUCGAGAACAUUUAGAAAGACGGAUAAAAAUUGAAAAGCGUCGUCCAUCAGCAAGUAAACGACGUGAAGAAGAACGCCAUCAUCGAAGAAUUCUUUCAGCUAAACGAGCCCAACAUAUUGAACAAAAAUUAAUUGAACAAACAAGAAUUCGAGAUGAAAAUAAAGAAUAUAAAAAAAUGAUUGAGGAUACAGGACCAUCUCUUCGAAUAUUUGCAAAUUUUAAUGAAAUUGAUGUUAAAUUUUCUGCAGCAACACUUAAUCGAGCUGCAAUAUGUAUUCAACGAUGGUGGAGAGGAUUUCUUGUUAGACAUACAUGGCAUUGUUUGAAAGAAGAGGUUGCUCAUUUUGGUUUAACAUGGUUUGAAUUUUCUUCUCGUUAUCGACAAGUUAUUAAACGUAUUCAAAAAAUGCGCCAAUCAGAAAAUCAACAAUUCCUAUUUAACAUUAAUCAAGCUAAAGAUUUUCUUACUGCUGAAAAAAAAUUAACAACCAUUUAUAAAAAACUUUCAUUUAAUGAUAAAUUAGAUCGAAAUGAAUUAGAAAAAUUCUUUGAAUGUUGUGAUUUAUCGGCAACGUCUUAUGAAAUUGAUGAAGCUUUAGAAAGUGUUCUUCAACAUUAUUCACAAAAUAAAAAUGAUUCAUUCACAAAAGAAAUUAUUUUUGAUGUUAUUUAUUAUAUUUAUCCGCCGAAAGCAACUGGCCUUGAAACAUCGAGAAAAUCAACUUGGAUUCGACCGAUUAUUGAUGAUGAAGAUGAAACUGCGAUUCAAGGUACACGUUUCUUAGAACCAAUCGAUAUGAAUAUUGUUUAUAAAUUUCUAGAAAAACAAUAA